AUGGCGGCCCGUGAGGAGGAGUACGACUACCUGUUCAAGGUGGUGCUGAUCGGAGACUCGGGCGUGGGUAAGAGUAAUCUUUUGUCUCGUUUCACCCGGAACGAGUUUAACCUGGAGAGUAAGAGCACGAUCGGGGUGGAGUUUGCCACACGCAGCCUCCAGGUGGAAGGCAAGACCGUCAAGGCCCAGAUCUGGGACACGGCGGGACAGGAGCGAUACCGGGCCAUCACCUCUGCUUACUACCGCGGGGCAGUGGGGGCGCUGCUGGUCUAUGACAUUGCGAAGCAACUGACAUAUGAGAACGCACAGCGCUGGCUGAAGGAGCUGCAGGACCAUGCAGACUCCAACAUCAGCAUCAUGUUAGUGGGCAACAAGAGCGACCUGCGGCACCUGCGCGCCGUGCCCACCGACCAGGCCCGCGGCUUCUCAGAGGCGAACGGCUUGUGUUUCCUGGAGACGUCGGCCCUGGACUCGUCCAACGUGGAGCUGGCCUUCCAGACCGUCCUCACAGAUAUCUUCCACACUGUGUCACAGAGGCAGAUGUCCGGACGAAAUGAUGACUUUACUCCGGCUUCAAACGUGGUCCCCAUCACCGUGGAACCCACUCAGAGCCAGACCAAGACCUGCUGCCAGCACUGA